AUGGUGUCAGAAGGAGCGUCUCCGGUACUGACCCCAGAAAUGGCCAUGAACCUGGGGGUCUCUGGCUCUGCCUUCAGGGCCUUCUUGCCCUUCCUCAAUCCAGGGCUCUCCCCGCCACCACCCUGGGAGCCGAUCCAGAUGCCCCCUCUGGUGACCUCGGCCAUCGCUCCCGGCAACCCUCUGGUGCUGUCACCUUUCCCCAUGAUGUCCUGGGUAGCAGAGGCAGCUGGCCACGGCCCCCGCGACCCUGCUCCUUGCAUGGUCAUCGUCCAGGUCCGUUCUGAAGUGAGGAUUCUGGACUCAGCCCAGAACGAGUCGGUCACCCAGACACGGGUUCCACUCAACGGCGGUUCCUCAGAGGCCCCAUCCGCGGGGGCGGGGCACCCUGCACCCCUCUGCUCGACACCCUCUGGGCCGAGGACCGUUGUGCCCACCCCAGCUACUGGCGUCACCCAUGCUGGCACCGGAGACCCCCCUCCUCACGCCCCACCACCAGGGGCCCAGAUGACCCCCGUCGUCCUCCCACCCAGCGGAGGGCCACAGCCCCGGGAGUACUGUGGGGACAGAGGUCCAGGCCCUGCCUGGCACCAGGCCCCUCCUGCCGACUCCUGCAGCCCCAGGAGCGUCUAUGAGAACUUCCGGCGCUGGAAGCUCUUUAAGGCCCUGACCCGGAGGUACCUUCCCAGGACUCCGGACACCGAAGCCCUGUCCUGCUUCCUCAUCCCGGUGCUGCGCACGCUGGCCCGCCUGAAGCCCACCAUGAGUCUGGAGGAAGGCCUGCGCCGGGCGCUGCGGGAGUGGCGGGGCAAGAGCAACUUUGACCGCAUGAUCUACUACGACAUGGCGGCCAAGUUCAUGGAGUUUGAGGCAGAGGAGGAGAUGGAGGCGCAGAAGCUGCAGUGCAUGAACGGGGUGCAGGGCCUGCCGCCCCCCGCCCCGCCACGGCCUGAGCCUCAGGGGGCUCCCGGCCCACCACUGGGCCAGCAGCCAGCCUACGUCCCUACUGAGGACAGCCUCUGUGCCCAGGAAGCUCACCCCAACCCACACAAACUACAGCCGCACCCCAAGACCAAAGCUGUCAUAGAGAUCCCCCCUGAGGCCGUGCAGGAGUACAUGGACAUCAUGGACGAGCUGCUCAAGGUCCCCGGCACAGGCUGGGGGGCGCCCCUCGGCCGACGUGCAGCGGGCAGGAAGGAGCAGCAGGGGGAGGCCGGGACCUGCCCUGAGCCGGGGCUCCUGAGCUACGUGGACGAGCUGUGCUCCAAGGAGGCCUUUGUCACCAAGGUCGAGGCUGUCAUUCAUCCCGGCUUCGUGGCUCACCUGCUCUCCCCAGAGUCCCAGCUGGAUCUCCUGGCCCUGGCUGAGGAGCUGGAAGAGGAGGAAGGACUCACCCCCGCACAGCUUGUGGAAAAGCGUCUGCAGGCCUCGCAGGACAAGGCGGCCAUGAAGGCUCGUCCCCAACACCAGGUGACCCCAGAGGACUUGAGUCCCCCUGAGAGAGCAGCAGGCCACAGCGUCCCGGGACCUUCCCAGGGCCACAGGCCAGGGGCCAGCGCUGAGUCCUGCCCCCUAGAGACUGACUGUGGACACGCCUCAGGUCCUGGGCUGGCCGAGCCCACUGCUCCCACGCCCCCGCCCACCCGCAGAAGGGCCUUCAAGCCUGCUGCCCCUGCCGCUGCCCCUUCCAGGAAGCGUCCUCUGUGUGGGGGCGCGGGGCCGGGCACUGCUGAGAAGACACCCUUCCCCGGGGGGCACCCCAGGGUGUCUGGGUGCUCAGCCUUGACUGUGGAGGUGGUGGGCCCCUCACUGCCCCCAAAGAGAAGGUUCCAGCCUGCCAGGGCCCGGAGGAGGAAGAAGAAGCACUGA